GCGCGCGAAAAGACAAUGACUCGGCCAAGUAAUGGUAACUACAUUGUUCUUCAAAAUGGAGGACGAUACCAUGCGAGGAAGUCCUUGAGUGUUUAUCUCUUCCUGUCGCUGGAUUCAGGCAUAUUUUUUUUUUCAUUUUAUUCUGCCAGCGGUUAUUUCCCCGGUCCUCUCAAUAAUCUAAUCAAAAUGACGACAUUCAAGCAACGUCUUGUUCGAAGUUUGGUCAAUCACGGUUUAGCUGUUGUGGGCUGCACCACGGUUAUAGUCACAUAUCAUUUCUCGACGAGUGGCGACGAGAGAUUUUACAGAUCCAUUGUCAUGCCAAUUGUAAUGAAGGUUCUUGAUGCUGAACGCGCCCAUGCAUUUGCUGUAUGGUUGGCUUCCAAAGGUCUUGUUCCUGUGGACAGAACUGGUGAUCCAGAGAUCUUGAGAACCACAGUAUUUGGUCUUCCAUUUCCCAACCCAAUUGGAUUGGCAGCAGGCUUUGACAAGCACGGAGAAGCAGUUGAUGGAUUAUUAAAAAUUGGAUUUGGUUUUGUAGAGAUUGGAAGUGUAACCCCAUUGCCACAGGCUGGUAAUGACAAGCCUAGAGUAUUCAGACUUAUGGAAGAUAAAGCUGUUAUUAACAGAUAUGGUUUCAACAGUGAUGGACAUGAGACUGUACGAUCACGACUGGAGGAGCAGGUUAAAUCUAGGGGGCACCCACCCGGAAUCCUUGGAAUAAAUCUUGGUAAAAAUAAAACGUCUAACAAUGCCGCAGAUGACUAUGUUAAAGGAGUGCAGUGCUUCAGUGGCUUGGGAGACUAUGUGGUUAUCAAUGUUUCAUCUCCAAAUACACCAGGCCUAAGAUCUCUACAGGGCAGACAAGAAUUAGAAAAACUAAUUGAUAAGGUAAUUGAGGCUCGCAGUUCAUUGCCUGUAGAUGUACAACAUCCUGUAUUGGUAAAGAUUGCUCCAGAUCUGACAGAAGUUGACAAAGAAGAUAUUGCAGCUGUGGUUACAAGGAAACAGGGUGGAGUUGAUGGAAUUAUAGUGACAAACACAACUGUUGCAAGACCAGAAACAUUACAGAGUAGUAACAAGAAAGAAACUGGAGGGCUGAGUGGAAAACCUUUGACUGAAAUGUCCACACAGACAGUGUCAGACAUGUACAGACUCACAGAAGGCAAAAUACCAAUUAUUGGUGUUGGAGGGAUUUCUACAGGUCAAGAUGCCUAUGACAAAAUCAGAGCUGGAGCUUCAUUGAUUCAGCUAUACACAGCCCUUGCUUAUGAAGGACCUCCCAUUGUGAAGAAAAUAAAGAGGGAACUUUCCGAACUCCUGAAGAAGGAUGGUUUCAAGUCAGUUGAAGAAGCUGUUGGUAUUGAUCACAUCAAACCCAUAUGACCACUGAGUUGCAAGAAUGGAAGCUUUCACUUUUUUUUUUCCAAAGAGUGUAAAUGCCACUUGCUAUUUAAUCUGCAAAAAUGGAAAGCACACAAUAUAGGUCCUUUUUUGAAUUUGUUGAUUAAUUUUAUAUUUAAUUCCAUGACACAAUCUGACCAAGUCAUUUUUGCAGUAAAAUUAGUGUGACCUCUAUUAACAUAUAAUUGUCAUCUCAACACACAGCAUUCUAACAAACAAGCAACUAUGCUGACUACAGCAUUAACCCUUUCAGUCAUCUACAAAACAUUCAUUAACUUAUACAAUCAUGUAGUUCAAUGGCACCGUUUGAUAUGAUGAGUGAGGAACUUAAGUGGUUUUUAAAAUUGGUUCAUUUGUAUUUGAAUAAAACAUGUCAAGAGUGUUUUGCAAGAAUUAA